GCUUCUGUUUUGAAAAGGAAGCACAGAUAACGGACCAGACCCCAAAACCAGAACCUACUCCAUCCUUCGUAUUCAAUGCUCAUUACGAAUCUGCGGCCCGGAGAUUCCAAUUUCAACCUCAGAUUUGAUCACAACCGGCUAACAUAGAUAGAAGGAGAAUGGAAUCGGGCUUCUCGCUGAUCAAAAUCGCCGGCGAAGACGACUCUCUGCGUCAAUCUACUCCCGCGCCCGACGCAGGGACCAACUUCUACUUCUCAUGCUCGCCUCUUCAGUGCCACGGAUCUGGCCGUGGCCGCAGUGCCGUACCUUUUCGCGCCUCACCGCUUGUGGGUUUGAAGGACAAUGUUGAUUCAGAGAAACCUACUUGCUCUUCCGUUGGUACUACUAACAAAGAGAACAUCACUGUGAACAAAUCAGAGGUGCCAAAACUGAGUGUGGACCCACAGAGAAUGAAGAGAACGAAAAAGGGUGGAGCAUACAAUUUGCGGAAAAGCUUAGCAUGGGACAGAGCUUUCUUCACUGAAGAAGGUGUUCUGGAUCCCCAAGAAUUAUCUAUGCUUAACGGAAAAUUUGGUAACUCUAAUGUGGAGGUGUUACCAACUUUACAUGAAGAAGGGGCAAUGUUGUCUCGUUACUCUGGUGGCAGCAGCAAUUCAUUAGAUUUGCAGGGUAUGCCAAAAGCGUGUUCACAUGAAAAACGUAACAGGAUUGGCUCUAAAACUAGUGGUUCCCCACGACCUGUGGCUUUUUCUUCAUAUCCUUUUAAUUGUAACUGUAUGUAAUUCAAUGUUUUCCCUCAUGGUAUAUGUGAGUUAGUUUCUUCUUUUUGUACU